AUGACGGAUUUUAUGAGAACUAUUAGACAUGUUGGUGCCACGUGUCGAAUGCUUGUUUCAUAUUCAGGCAAGAGCAAUAACUUUACACGCAAAUUAUACCAUGAUAAUCUCAGUUAUAGUCGGGUAAUCACCUAUCUUCUCAAUGGGUUAGGUUCCUCUUAUGAAGCCUUCAUCACUUCUGUCACCACACGGGCAGAGACUAUUUCCUCUCAUGAAUUGUAUCAAUUACUGUUAAUUCAUGAAAGUCGUGCAUCUCACCAAAACAAGAGUAUAACCUCCUCUCUUGAGCCUUCUAUUAAUCUUAGUGUUGCUAGAAAUCGUGGGCGUGGAUUCUCUCACAGUGGAGGACAAGGCCGUGGCAGGGGUCGUCAUUUUCACAAUAAUCGUGGAGGAUGCUUGUCUCCUUCAAGCUUUUCUUCCCAGCAACAAUAUUCUUCUCAUCGGCCAACUUGCCAGUACAGUGGUAGUUAUUCAAUCCGCGUUGGAGAUGGUUCUGGGAUUUCUAUUCACAAUUUCGGUGACUCUUGUUUCUCUUCUAGCUCCUCUUCCUUCUUCGUUCAAAAUUUAUUACAUGUUCCAGAUAUUACCAAAAAUCUUGUGUUUGUUCUACAUUUUUGCAUUGAUAAUUCCUGCUAUUUUGAGUUUCAUUCCUCUCAUUUUAAUGUGAAGGACAACAAGAUAAAGAAGGUGCUUCUCACCGGGCCAACUCCUAAUGGAUUAUAUGUUUUUCCUUCCAAGCUCAUUCAACCCUCAAGUCCCACUACACAUCUUGGUGAAUGAACAACAUUGUCUCAAUGGCACCGAAGGCUAGGCCAUCCCUCUUUAACUCUUGUAUCCCGAGUCUUAUAGAAUAAAUCUCUACCUGUUUCUUCAUUUGAGUCAUCUUUUUUUUUUGUUCUGAAUGUCCACUUGCUAAGGCUCAUCAACUACCAUUUUGUACUCCUCGGGCUACUUAUACUAGGCCUCUUCAAUUACUUUGUGCUGAUGUUUGGGGUCUAGCCCCUUAUGUUUCUAGAUUGGGUUACAAAUAUUAUCUAUCAUUUGUUGAUCAA